AUGGAGAUGGCGACGGCAACUGACGGUCGGAGCAGCGUGCGUGGCUUACUAGCGUUCUUGACACACAUCCACCGCACGCUCGACAACACUGAUGCGAGCGAUCCUUACGUUGGUCACCUCAAUCCUCUCCUCGUCGCCUCCCAGGGAGACGUGCUGUCCCUUGUUGCGAGUUACUUUGACGGAAGGGUGCCGCUGGUGUUUGCCGCCACCUUCGCCGCAGCCAGGGUCUUUGCAGAGGUACGCGGCAGUGUGCGGUGUGGCAACGUGAUGCUUUCUCUUGAGCCCAAAGCCGACGAUCUCGUUCAGCGUGUUGCCACGUCUACCCCGACCCCCAACCCGAACGACCUAGAUUACGUUACGUGGUGGAUUGAGAAGUGCGCAAUGCCGCUGGCGUUUGAAGAGGAGAGCCUGAAGGAGCCCCUCCGUCUCGACCAUCCUGUCUUUCACCGUCUGCGGUACCUCAGCGUGGUGGAAUGGGUGCCGCGUGUGUACCUCGGUCCGGGGGUGAUGACGCAGUUGAAGCAGCUCCGCAUCGGCGCCGACGCCUUCAUGGCCCUGGCCACCUCUCCCGAUCAGCUGACACAGCUGCAGGCCCUCACCAUCUGGGCCUACACCCCCGAGUGCUGGGCCGCACUGACGCAGCUCCCGUGCCUCACCUACCUCGCCCUCGCCGGAGACGUGAACGAACUGCCGAUGGAGGAGGUGCAGUCUGCCGCGUCGCUGCGCACCAUCGACGUCACUGGCGGCACCCUCACCCGCCUCUCCGGCUUCGACCGCUGCGCAAACCUGCAGGAGUUGCUGCUCUUUAACUGCUACGGUGUGGCGGACCUCUCUCCUGUGGGGGAGGCGACACGACUGCGGAUGAUAGACAUCGGCUCCUGCUCGGUGAGCAGCAUUGCGGGGCUGCGGAAGUGCCGGGGACUGGAGCACGUCUCGUUCAACGAGUGCGGCGGACUCACAGACUUGUCGCCGCUUGCGGGGCUGGAGGACCUGACCGGGGUGUGGGCCAGCAGCUCUGGCAUCACCAACGUCGGCCGCCUAGCCACGUGUCCUCUGCUUGAAACACUCGUGGUAUCCUACUGUAUGGGUCUGACCGAUCUUUCGCCCUUGGCGGGUGCCCCUGCCCUGGAGCGCGUGGACGCGUAUUCGAGCGGAGUCCAAAGCAUAUCGUUUGUGGGGCGGUCUCUUGCCCUGACGGAGUUGAACGUGAGUGGGUGUGCGGAUAUCGAAGAUAUUCCCCCGCUGCCCACUGGCGCUCCUCUACGCGUGUUGAGGUGCGGUGGCACUCGCGUGCGCAGCAUUGCUCCGCUGAUCAGCUGCGCAGCCUUGGAGUACCUCGAGGUCAACGGCAACCUUCUCCUGGAGGAUUUGUCGCCCCUCCGUCACCUGACCCAGUUGAAGGAGAUCCACGCGAACGGCUCAGGCGUGCGCCGCCUUGACGGGCUGCACCGCUGCGCCUCGCUGUACCUCGUGAACUUUCAAAAUUGUCAGUCACUGACCUCUCUAGAAACGCUGGCCGGUGCACCGCACUUACGGACGGUGUACGCGUUUGGAAGUGGUCUCACGAGUGUGGCCGGUCUGGCUCGCUGCCCAGAACUGGAGGAAAUCGACGUUCGUGAGUGCAGGCGCCUGGUCGAUCUUUCUCCCCUCGCCGGAGCCCCGCAGCUGCACACGGUGAUCGCUGCCGGAAGUGCCGUUGCGAACGUGCACGGUCUUGCAGAGUGUCCCGCGCUGCGCGAGAUCGAUUUCUCCGGCUGUACGCAGCUGAAGGACGUCAGUUCGCUUGCCCGUUCGCCGUCACUGCGCACUCUGCUGGCGUCAAGAAGCGGCGUGUGUAACGUGGCGGGGCUCGAAACGUGUGAGAGCCUCGUGAGAGUUGACUUCAGCAGGUGUGUCGGGAUUCAGAAUCUUACCGCGUUAAAUACUGCCGUGCGAAUGCGCGCAAGCGGCAGUAGCGUUAUUGGUGAUUAG